CGAUCACUCGUGCGACCCCGCGUCCCAAAACACGCGCACCCCGCGAGCUCCAGGCGGGACUUCCUUUUUGUUGCGGAUGCGAUAUUAGUGCGAGCAGGCAGAGAAAGGGCUUGGUCGGGGUGUCACUGCUGUGUCUGUGCGCCUCUGCUCGGCGGAUCAACCGGGGGGGACUCACUGACUGACUGACGGACGCACGGACGCCGCUGCUGCUGCCUGGAAGCCCCCGGUAGAUGAACCUCCUCCCCGGCUAUGUUGCCCUGAGAGCACCGCGAGUAUCCGCCCUGCCAAAAUGUCUGAUGUCAACAAGACUAUUCAGAAAUGGCACGCCAGUUUUAAGAAAGGCACAGACUUUGACUCGUGGGGACAAUUAGUGGAGGCUAUAGAUGAGUACCAAAUUCUGGCAAGACAACUGCAAAAAGAGGUCCAGUCAACAAACUCAUCAGACUUCACAGAGGAGCAGAAGAAAACUUUAGGAAAGAUUGCAACAUGUCUGGAAAUGAGAAGUGGCAGUUUGCAGUGCACACAGUCAAAGGAAGAGUUCAAGUUAGAAGAACUGAAGAAACUGGAAAGCAUAAUUCAAAAUAUUCUGACCUACAACAAAGAAUUCCCCUUUGAUGUCCAGCCAGUGCCCUUAAGGAAAAUCCUCGCCCCAGGUGAAGAGGAGAACCUGGAGCUGGAGGAGGAGGAAGAUGCUGCAACAGGAGCAGGUUCUACGGAAGCUUUCCCCCCACGAGCCCCCGCUUCGCAAGGUACCUUGUUGCCGCGGUUACCCUCAGAGCCUGGGAUGUCACUACUCACAAUAAAGAUUGAAAAGAUUGGGUUGAAGGAUGCCGGGCAGUGCAUCGAUCCUUACAUGACCAUUAGUGUCAAAGAUCUGAACGGCAUAGACUUGAACCCAGUGCAGGACACCCCCGUGGCCACCAGGAAGGAAGACACCUACAUUCACUUCAGCGUGGACGUGGAGAUCCAGAGACAUGUGGAGAAACUACCAAAAGGUGCAGCUAUCUUCUUUGAAUUCAAGCACUACAAACCUAAAAAGAGGUUUACUAGCACAAAAUGUUUUGCCUUCAUGGAAAUGGAUGAGAUCAAACCCGGCCCCAUCGUAAUCGAACUGUACAAGAAGCCCACAGACUUCAAGAGGAAGAAACUGCAGCUUCUAACAAAGAAACAACUCUAUCUCCAUCUUCAUCAGACGUUACACAAAGACAGCUAAGUCGGAGCACACCUUGAACUUUGGAACCACCUGUUUUAAUCUCUCUCUUACAUCCACAUCCAGCAGAAAUGUGGCGUUCCACCUCAUCACAUCCAGCAAUACAAAAUCAUUCGUUGUAGUUAUUUUUCUUUUUUUUUCUAUGAUUAUAUGAAGAAAGAAAAGGGAACUGAGCCAAACAUUAGUCACAUCAGCUCAGACUGCCACAUUAGUUUUUCAUUUUCUGUUUUCAUUUUGCAGUUCUGUUGCAGGAAACUCAAAAACUCAAGAGUUGUGUUAUAACAGUUAACCGCCUCAUCUCCAGUCUUCCUGAGCUCACUGAUUUUGGACACAGUGGACACAACGUGAGUUAUUGCAGGUGCUUAAUUUGAGUCUUUAUAGACUCAUUAUAUGUUUUGUUCUUGGUCUUUUUAUGUUAAUUUUAACAAAACAUUAAAAGCAACUAUAGUUGCCAAAUCGUGUGGACUUGUUGGGGUCUAAAUGAAUAAAUAAAUAACAUGCAAACAGUAAGAUGUUGGCUGCGUGAAGCUACCAAAAGGUCAUAAAUUCUGUCAUAGUCCAGAAGGGUUCAAGGAGUUUGGAGUGUGCCUUAAUUAUAGACUUUUAUAGUGUUUAAUUACAUCAAUUAAUUAAAAAAAGCUGAUUAAUUACAUUUGAAAAGUCAAAUUAUAUGUUAAUAUCUUUACUUGUGUGUCUGCCUCAUCAUAACUCCUCACAAAUUGUUUUCUGCUUUAAGAUUUACAGCGUUUUCUCUAGUACUAACAUGCAUUAACUGACUUUAAUUAACCUUUUUUUGGCCACUUGGGGGCAGCAGAUACAAGCUGUGAACACAACACCGACAUAUCGCCACUUUUAAUUUUACAUGGUGAUUUUUUUUUUAGCUCUGUUGUGAUCACCACCAACAUCUGAGGAAAAUAUCUGACUCUAUCUGAUCUGCCAGCAGCUGGCCAGCUGUUAUGUGUUGGACGACACACUGCCUUCACAUCUUGUUGUCUUUAUAUAAUAGCUAUUAUAAAAAGAAAACUGUAAAUGGAUUAUAAUUAUAUAUAGAACAACAUUAAUAAUAAUAUUAAACACUAAAAAAGUCCACAGUAGUCCUGGUGGCACACUCAGACUCUUAAAAUGGUUUUGUGUUUAAUCACAGACAGUAUUCAAUCCAGCAGUGGCAUUUAUAAUAUUAAUUUAUAAGAUUAAAUGGUGGAAUUAUGUUUUUUUUAUUGGCUUCGUCAGAAUAUUUUACAACUCCGAUAUAAAGGCCACAUUUUUAUAGUGUUUGUAAGUGUUUCAGCCCCAGAAUUAAUGAGACUAUAACCCAGUAGCUUUUAUGUCCCCGUAAUUCCGACGGUCCUCACGUCAGUGUUCAUGCUUCACUAUGUAUUGGAUUUAGUAUGUUUUAAAUAUGGUUUUAUAAAUGCAUAAACAGUAAAUUGGAUACAGCAUGCUGAGCAUUUGGUCCUGGCCCAGAUAUUAAACACCAGUUUUGUUAUUUUCUAAGCAAGCACAAAUGCAGUGUUUAUCACUUUUAAAGUGUUAUUUUGCAGAUCAGGUGUUUUAUGUAUAGUUAUAUUUGACCAGUUCUUACAUGGGACUUUGUCUCGAGGAUGCAUCUUUCAUGGGCAGUCAAAAGGCAGGAAUUAUUGUGCUCUUGGACUGACUUUUUAAGAACUGUCUCUCUUAAAUUGUUACUCAUAAAAAAAAAAGCCCACUACUUUUAUUUUGAAAUUUCAAGUUACCCUGUUAUAAAGGGCUUUGUUUAAAAAAAAAAAAUGAAGUUGCAUGUUAACUUUGUUUCCAUUCUGACUUUGCAGAUGUUCUUCUUCACUAAAGCAUCUACAUUGUAAUAUUUGAUUUCAAGAUUUUAUUUUUGUAACGUCACAAUAUUCAGGACUGUAAAUUAACUGUAAGAUACACUAACUGAUGAACAUACAGUAACUGUGUGUAUGUAUGAAGCGCUAUGACGUGGUAGGACUGAGACCUGUGGAGUGUUUUUAAGUUUCGAUGACAGACCGAGAGGGGGAAUUGUAUCAAACAUUUACAAUGCUUUUAAUUUCUAAUAAACUACAAAUGAAGCAG